AAGAUAUCUGCACAUAGCCUUAGACAUCAUGCAGGGGCCAAACUUCGGUGCAGUCGGCUCGAGAGAGUAGUGUAGCAGCUAGCAGCCAUGCAGCCAACCGUGCAGCACCCAUCGGCGCCAGUCGACCCAAUUCACGACUUGGAAGAGUCCGCGAGUAUAGUCGGUGGCAGCCAGCGAGCGGAAGACGCCGUGGGUUCACACACGCUCUCACUCACCACAGUCGCGGGGAGCGGCGAAGCUGAUGAGAGACUGAAUCAGAGCGGAGUGUAUGUAUAUGCGUGCUGCCCACCAUCUGUCGCCUCUCGAUGCGACAGGCAGCUUUCAUCGCAAAUUUCAGACUCGUGACUUUGGGAUCGCUGUUGAGAUGUUGAUUGACCUUGCGUCU